UUGCAAUCAGAAAAGGAAGGGAGAAGUGGCGUUUCUGUGGCCACUUGUUUAAAAACACAUAAGCCUCAAACGGUGGCGGAUUUGUAGGAAAUAUAGCUCGCUGUGCUUUCUACAUAGUCCGCUGAGUAAUAUCAAGAGGCUUUCGAUAUAUAUAUUCGACGAAAGGCUUCAACAGCAAAGCCUGACGAAGUCGGGGACUCGACUUCUUGCGUCGUGCGCCGAGGUGAGUUGAUGUUCAGCUCGGCUUCACGGAAAAACAGCGCUCAUUGGCACAUGAAAGCUUCAGACCUUGCUGGACUCACAAGUGCAGCGAGAAGUAGGCAGAAGGCUACUUCGAGGACCUGGGGACCGGUCGGAGGUGAAAGAUUAAAGAGGUGACAGGUAGUACCAAAACAUGGGAGGCGGAGAGAGAUACAACAUUCCUAUUUCCCACCCUGAACGCCCCAAGAAGAACCAUCAGCUUGGAAAGGCCAAGCAGAGGAGCCGUGACCAGAUCGGAGCCACGGCAGUGUCUGUAGGAGGAGCAGGGGGCCUUCACCAUCAUCAUGGUCUCCGCCGGAGCGACAAAGGCGCUGCCUACCACAGGUCUCCAGAGGCGCGGCAGGCCGUGUCCACUGAGAAGAAUGCUUCUGUCUGUUUUGCCAACAGCUACGAUCAAAACUGGGAGGGUGCAGUGUCUCACCUUAACACGCUCCUGUCAACACAGGGCAGCCCAAGUUAUGCAGGGCCUAAGUUCAGUGAGCCACCUUCACCCAGUGUGUUGCCCAAACCUCCCAGUCACUGGGUGUCUUUCCCUAUGGGGUCCUGUGACCACAGGGAGAUGAUGGCCUUCCAGCUCAAAAGCCUCUUAAAGGUGCAGGCUUGAGCUAGAUACCCACACCAUUCAAAUGAAGCCAAUACAUAGACUGGGACUCUGUUGAGGCAUUUUCUUUCCAGGAACGCCUCAAAGCUGUAGUACACGAAACCCUCUAUGGUUAAACUUCCGUUCACAGCAGUGAUUUAUUGUUGAAUUGAUUUUUAAAACAAAUUCUGUAAGCUAUUGCAGUCUUGUUGCCUUGCUGGUUAGUGAUGCUUUUAGUGGAGCCAGUUUCUGUGACUGACGACAAACUGGAUUCUUUUUACUUCUGUUUUCGCUUUUUUGUUUUUAUUGUUGGCUUUCAAAGCAGAUUGAGUGCUUUUUUCCCCCCCCAAAACAGGGGUUAUACUUUAAAUCAGGUAAAGCCCAUUACUUUUAUCGUCCAUUUCUGUGGACAGACACAAUUAUUUUGGUAAAAGUUGAGCCUUUGGAGUUCUAUCCAAAGAUUCAGGUGCUAAAGCAAGUUCACAUUUGUAGCAUUUUUUUUUGGGGCCCUUUAUUUUCGUUAGCUUUUACAUCGUUUUGUUUUGGCAUGAAAAAUGCACUCAACUGCAGUUCUGCAAGGGAAAAGCUAUUGUGGAUAUGAGCUGGUGGGUAGGUUCAGGUUGAAAGACUAACUAACCUUGAAGGCUAGUAAGAGACCAUAGCACAUGGACCUCGGACCACCAACUCCUGUACCCCUUUUUAUUGCGCUGUGCGCAGAUGCACUAUAGGAGUUGAGUGCACCUGGUCCUCAACACUCUAUCAUAGCAUUAUUUUAAUAAGUCCUUAUUAUUGUGGUUGAAAAGUGAAGCACUGUGUAACCAAAGCUAUGUUUGACUGUUUAUUUGAAUGAAUCGGACUCUAUGGUUGGCAUAGUUUCCACUCCUUUUAUUUUGCCAGCCUUGAUGGUGAUUUGAUUGACAUUACCCAGAACUGUUCAUUUGUUCCGAUCAGUACUGUUACUCUCCCCCAGUUUCUGCCUCUUCAGGACAGAGCUGCAGCUUUAACUUGCGGAAGAGGGCCUCGCUCGCAUGAUGGGGUCCAGUUGGCUGCUUUUGUCUGUGCCUGAAGGACAGCAGAACUGAGGAGCUUUACUGUAGGGAAGUGGCCCAAGUGCUUAAAAAUCUGAUACACGAGACAGGAGGUUCUGUCUCUGACCAUCUGAUGUCUUGUACUCUUGUAGCCUCUUGUUGCUGCGUAUUGUUUACCUCCUGCACUGUCCUCAAGAUUUUUCACCCUGAAUAACAGACUAGGAUGCUAUGGAAAGUGGUGAAGAUGCAAUGGACUAUCUUAUGAACUCUUUAUUUUUGUUAUGCAGUCCUCCAUUGUUCCUUUUUCUCUUUGCAGAAUUGAAGCUGCUUAUAGCCAGCAUAAAAAAAACAAAAAACAAAGCAAAGAGAUUGUUGUUGUGUUCAAGAGCCAUGUAAAUAGUGAAAUGUUUAAAGUACGUGUAGCAUAUGUACAUUUGCAGGCAAAGUUUGUUGCCUGUUUGACAAAAGUAUUUUUAGUAAUAACGAUGAAUGUAGAAGACAUUCAAAGGACGUCUUCAAUAUGAAAGAAUAUUUUUGUUAAAAAAACAACAAAAAAUCCCUGCCAAUGGCAUUUAUCAGCACCCCUGCACUGUUCUCUUUACA